UGAGCAGCUGUGUGUACACACACACUACAGCAGGGCCUACAUCCAGAGCUGCAGUGCGAGCAACGAUGGCAGGAAUAUAACGACAUCUCAUUUAAUACAUAUAAUCAGGAAAUCUCAAAACAUGGAGAGAGGACAUUUUGGCUACUCCCAAGACUAUCUUGACCGCUUUAUUCAAAGUCAAGACUCGUCUGUGGUGAACAAGUUCCAGCAGAAGUACUGGAAGACAAAACAGACGCUCAUCAAGGUCACCGGAAAGAAAGAGGACGAAUAUGUGGUGGCGUCAGAUGCAGAUCUGGACGGCAAGCUGGAGGUUUUCCACUCUGUCCAGAGAACAUGCAUGGAGCUGCUAAAGGUUAUUGAGCAGUAUCAGAGGAGAAUAUGCUUCCUUUCCCAAGAGGAGAACGAGCUGGGACGUUUCCUGCGCUCCCAGGGCUCGCAGGAUAAAACCAGAGCUGGAAAGAUCAUGCAGGCCACUGGGAAGGCGCUCUGCUUCUCUUCCCAACAGAGAUUGGCCCUGAGAAACCCUCUGUGCCGUUUGUACCAGGAGGUCGAAACAUUUCGCUAUCGAGCGAUCUCAGACACGUGGCUGACGGUGAACCGGAUGGAGCAGUCCAGGACUGAAUACCGUGGAGCGCUGCUUUGGAUGAAGGAUGUAUCACAGGAGCUGGAUCCAGAUACUCACAAACAGAUGGAGAAAUUUCGCAAGGUUCAGGCCCAGGUGCGCACUACGAAAACAAGCUUUGACAAAUUGAAGAACGAUGUCUGCCAGAAGGUGGACCUGCUGGGAGCCAGUCGCUGCAACCUCCUCUCUCACGUUUUAACCACAUAUCAGACAACACUUUUGCAUUUCUGGGAGAAGACAUCCCACACUAUGGCAGCCAUUCAUGAAAGCUUCAAGGGCUGUCAGCAUUAUGAGUUCUCCACUCUUAAGACCUUACAAGGCCCCAUGAACAAGAUCGCCAAGAAAAAGGGGAAGAAGAAAGUUAAAGCAGAGGUUGAAGAUGGGAAGAAAGUCGAGACCACAGAUGACCAACUCAUCUCAUUGGAAAAUGAAAACAUCGAUAAGACCGGAGAAGGGGAUGGAGAUAAUCUCUCUGCCUACUUGGAGUUCGAGGGAGAGGAGAAGGACAGCAUGGCGUUGCUGAAUGAAAUCCUGGGCAGUAUGUCCGUGGAUGAGGGCGACUUCUCUCGAGAGUGGACCGAAGUGUUUGGAGAUAUUGAGGAGGGAUCGAGCGCAGCUCCAGGCCGAGCAGCCGAGACUCAGCAAAAGGAAAACUCCUUCUUUCUACCCUCUCAUUUACUGGACCAGAGCUUGAAUAAUUUGCAGUCUUCCCUCUCAGAUCGGGCUGGGAUCAUUCCACAGCCCGUCGCCCAGGCAACGCAGCACUCAUCUGGAGCCAAUCAGAACCUUUCUAAAGCAGCAGUGAAAGAUAAAGCGGGGACGUCAGCAGACCUCUCAGCGUGGUUCAACCUGUUCGCCGACUUGGACCCCCUCUCAAAUCCCGAUGCUGUUGGCAAAACUGACACAGAGCACGAACUUCACAACGCAUAGUUGUUUGUCAAAAACCAUGGGUUCCUUCUUGGAUACAGCGUCUUCUCUUGAGGCUUCAUGUAGACAGACAGCCCAAUCAUUAAGUCAAUUAAUUUCUGGCGAUUUGCGAAAUAUUGAAGCAAACUUAAUAUAUUUGGGUUUUGAACAAUUGGCUAGAAAACUAUAACUAGUUAAAUCGUAUAAUUAAAAAUAAAUCAUUACUUUUUUUAAAUAAAAAACACUACUGCUCCCGGAUUAAAAUGAUAGCUUCUUUAUUGGAAACAAAAACAGUUAGACAAACAGGCAGGAACGAGCUUUCCCAAAACGCCAAAUCCAUAAAGUGUCGUAUUAAAACGAGACAUGUAUUCUGUAUUCAAAGUUGUAAGAAGUAAUUGAUCCGAUUCCUUCUCUUGGUGGCAGUAUUGCGCUUCUGUAAAGUGUCCCACUAACAACUAGCAGCUCGAGUUCUUCCCAUCGUGAAGAAAAUAAAGAUUUACAAGACGACCUUUUUAGGCCAUUUGCCUCUUCCGCUUUGGUUAGAAAAUAAAGGUUUAGCCUCGGUACCUCAGUAUGAGUUUGAAACAAGAAGCCUUUGACAUUUGCUGCCUUGAAAUCUGUUGUCUCUAGUAGCAUUCAUGCUUCCACAACAAGUCCAGGUGUUUACAAAGCUGCAACAUAGGGAGAAAAGUUACUGCAGUCAGAAAUAAAUAUUCCAAAAUAAAGUUAUACUUCAUUUAUUCCGCCGUCGAUCGUCCUCGACUGAGAAUUAUUUCACAAUACAAGUGAAGAAAGAGCCAAUGUUUCCUAGAGAUUUAUUAUUUGUACAUUUGUUUGCGACGUGCUGUCUUUGCUUAGCUCUUCUGAAGAUAUUGCAGAAAAAGACACAUCAUUCAUGUUUUACUGCAUGUUGCAUGUUUUAUGUUAUCCAGUAAAAGUGUCUUUGAAUGGACAGUGUGUGUAUUAAUGUGAGCCUUCUCAUCCUUUUAUUGAACUCACUUGCUUAUUUUUAGAGCAAACAAACUAAACAAAAAGUUGGAUAAUCAUAACAAUACAACAGUUGUGCUGAGUCAGAUUACAACCGCAUACAUUAUGUCAGAUGAAGAGCGUUAAUCUGAUAACAAAUAAACAAUACAGAACUCACCGUUAUUAUAAUUGGAUUCCUUAUAAAGUAUAUUGAUAGUGAAUUUAUUUUGGUGCUACUAUGAUGUUUAAGCCAUGUGACAUUUGUUAAUAUUGGAAACAUAAACCAAAUACUUUGACUGCCUUACCUUGACUCCAACUUGUAUUUAAAUGCCAUGCUUCUAAAUACUGAUUCUAAUUGUUGAUGUGUCUGUCUUUGCUAUGGCCUUUAAAAAGAUUACAUACCAAUGCAAAAAAGACUUUUCUCUUUUCUUUAUUGAAAAACACACACAAGAUCUACAUAAAAAUGCAUUGUACACGAGAGAACUGAAUCAUUAUUGCCAAACAUGGCAACCAUUUCAACUGCACUGCACAAUGAGCGUGUGAAUAAAAUCUGAAAUAGUAUGAUUGAAACUCUUCAAGCUGCAAGCAGAGGAGAGUAAUUCAACUAACGUUGUGUGGGAUGCGUUGCAUUCUGGUCAUAUUUGUGUUUUGGUGUACGCAGGGCUUAAUAGACCCACGUUUUGGAAUGAAACAUUUACUAUAUUAUCAGCAAUAA